AUGGCUGUAUCCGACAAGGAUCCAGAUAAUAGCCAGGAUAGUAAUGACUCAGUCAACACACACCUUGAAUCUCAAGAUCCUCAACCGCAAGAAGAAUUCAAGGAGGGUGGUUAUGGUUGGGUCGUUAUUUUUGGUGUAUUCUUACUCAACGCUCAUACUUGGGGUCUCAACUCUAGUUUUGCCGUCUUCCUCGCUUAUUACCUUAGAUCUGGCACGUUUGGUGCAAGUCAACGUGGGUAUGCCUUCGUAGGCGGCCUAUCUAUCUCGAUUGCUCUCUUAGCUUCUCCUCUAGCAACUACUUUGGUUGGUUGGAAACGGUGCGGGACACGACUAACUAUAUUUCUCGGGGCUAUAUUUGAGACGAUUGGCUUCAUCGGCUCAUCGUUUGCCUCGGAGUUAUGGCACUUGAUUCUGAGUCAAGGCGUAUCCUUCGGCCUUGGUAUGGGUCUCUGCUUCGUCGCCUCUGCUGCCGUUCCCCCUCAAUGGUUUGUAAAACGCCGAUCCUUUGCUAAUUCGAUCGCCGCUUCGGGGUCGGGCUUCGGGGGUCUAUGCUACUCAUUGGCGACUAAUGCUAUGAUCACCAAUAUCGGUCUACCCUGGGCUUUCCGCGUCAUAGCUAUUGUAUGCUUCGUAGUGAAUACUGUCGCAAGCUAUCUCAUUCGCGACCGCAACCAUGCUAUCGGAUCAGUUCAUAUAGCCUUUAACUGGAAGCUCUUCAAGAGGCCACCGUUCCUUUUGUUCCAAGCCUGGAUGGUCCUCUCUAUUCUUGGAUAUGUCAUCCUCAUUUUCAGUAUCGUUGACUACUGCCAGACUGUUGGCUUAACGGCUUCUCAGGCUUCUUUAGUUGGCGCGUUGUUUAGCCUGUCCCAAGGACUUGGGCGGCCUGCGAUAGGGUUAUCAAGCGACUCAGUUGGGCGUCUAAAUAUCGCCAACCUGUCUACGCUAUUAUGCGGUCUUCUUUGCAUGUUCUUUUGGAUAUUCGGAGCUAAAAGCCUAGCUACUUGCAUAGUGUUUGCUCUCCUCGCCGGCGGUGUUGCCGGGGUAAUGUGGGCUACGGUUGCCCCUAUAUGUGCCGAAGUUGUCGGACUUGCUCUCAUACCUUCAGCGUUAUCAAUGACUUGGCUCGUGCUGGUUCUACCGGCGACGUUCGCCGAAGUCAUCGGUGUGAGCCUCAGACGGUCUGGGCCAGGGGGUUAUCUCCACGUCCAGCUCUUCACCGCGUUUUGUUAUAUUGGCGCCUUUAUAUUCGGCUGGGCCCUUAGAGCGUGGAAAGUCUGGGAGUUGAAACAGGUACGACUCGAUAAGGAGCAGCGAGAACUUGCUAUUCGUGACGAAGGCCUACUAUCCUCUGCAAUAGAGCGCCAGUCUCAAAACAACGAUCAGGCCACUCCUCCUAGACGGCGAUUAUCUAUUCUUGAGGGACUAUGGGCUAUAGAACGGGUAUAG